UUCUUCCCUGAGUACAUCCUAUUUUUCCCUAGUGGUUCCCCCCCCCCCCUUGAAAUCCACAAAAACAUUAGAUUCACUUCUAAUUUCAGGCAGUACCUUUUUCUUCUUUGUUUUUUUUUUUUUUUUCUUAAUAUCUCCUCACCUCUUCUUCCACAGUAUGAGGAAGAGUUAUUUGUAAUGCAGAUGUGUACUAGACUAGGUGUUCCCCAUGACUACCAAGUGUCCCCAAGGCCCAAGACAGGUAGAUCUGCUAUACUAUGGAGCCGCAAUAUGAAUUAUGAAGAACAGAUCCAAACUAAUCAGUGUCAGUUUUACACCCUCUAGUACAGACUAUGAGACCUAUACCCUCUCUGUCAAAGAUCACACCUCUAUUUUUUACCUUUUCUACAAAGGAGCUCAGAGCUCUGAAAGCUCACCUGCCUUUCAUGAUGUGCCCAGAAAAUUGAGUGAAGUCGUCGUACUUCUGUUGGUUGUCCCAGCAGUCUUGAUGUGGAAGAGCUUAUAUAAAUAAACUGUUGAUCAAAGAUUUCUAUACUCCUUUCUAAAAAUGAUCCUUUCUUCCCUUGGUAGAACCUCCUGUGUUCAGCAGGAAGCCCUCUCCAGUAGACAUGCUCAGAGGAACUGAGGUUAGCCUGGAAUGUGAGAUUUCAGGAACACCACCAUUUGACGUUACCUGGUACAAAGACAAGAGACAGAUCUGCAGUAGUAAGAAGUAUAAGGUUACAACAAAGAACUACCAUACAAGCAUUCGCAUUCUUAACGUUGAAGUUGCAGAUGUUGGUGAAUAUCAAUGCAAAGCUCAGAACGACGUAGGAAGUGACACUUGCUUUUGCACGAUGAAGCUGAAAGAACCGCCGAAAUUCGUGACAAAAAUAAACAGCGUGACUGUUGUGGUUGGUGAACCAGUGGAGUUACAAGCAAGAGUGGAGGGCUCCCAGCCGAUUUCUGUGCAGUGGCUUAAAGACAAGGAAGAAAUUAUUAGAGAAAGCGAAAACACAAAGAUCACAUUUAUGGAAAAUAUUGCAACUUUACAGCUUGUACACACAGAAACAAGCAGUGCUGGGAAAUAUAUCUGCCAGAUCAGAAAUGAUGCUGGAAGUCGCGAGUGUAUGGCUACCUUAACUAUCCUAGGUUUGUAAAAAGCACAAAUUUAUAGAACAUCUUUGUUAAGUUAGGAACUUGGUAAUUUAGUAUCAGAUGCAUCCUUUGCUUAUGCUGCUGAAUUCAAAACAGGCAAAACAGAGAAUCCUGCGUCUCCAGUAAAUAUUAGCUGGGUUGGUUUUUUCCAGUUGCCCAAGGAUAGAAGUGGAAGGAACUACAGGCCUCUUCACUGUGAUGUUCGGUUGUCUGUAUUCGUAAGCCAUGUCUUCUGCUCAUGCAUGCUUGAAGAAAGACAGAUAGUUGCGUUUAUCUUCUAGAAGUUUCAAAAUACUUGUUCUCCGUGUUGGAGAACAUCUGAAAUAUCUAAGAGUGGGUUAAAAGAUGGAAAAACAGAGUUGAAAAUAUUUCCCAACCCAACAAACCGAGACAACCUUAGUAUCAAACAUAUAAGCCCUGAAUUCAGUGUAAUAAUACUUGCAGAUAUUACUACUGAUAUCCAGUUUUCACUACACGUGUUAAUUGUCUCUCCUUCCAGAGCCUGCAGUCAUUGUAGAGAAGGCAGAGCCAAUGAGGGUUACUAUAGGAGAUGCCUGUACUUUGGAGUGCAAAGUGGCAGGCACACCAGAACUAUCUACUGGGUGGUUUAAGGAUGGCAAAGAACUGACCAGCAGCCAAAAAUACAGAAUUACUUUUGUCAACAAAGUAUCUACACUUAAAAUUAUGGACACAGAGAAAGAAGAUGGUGGAUUGUACACUUUUGCAGUGCAAAAUGAUGUGGGGAAAAGCAGUUGCACGGCAUCGGUUGAAGUUUUAGGUUGGUUGUGUAGUUUGUCUUCUAUCUUUUACUAAAACUUUCUUUUAUUCGCAUAUUCUUUUCUUGAUUCCAUUCCUUUCCUCCUUUUCUUUCUAACAAUGGAUUUAUUAUAUUUUUUUUUUAUGCAGAUCGAAUAAUUCCUCCUUCUUUCACAAGAAAGCUAAAGGAAACCCCUGGUGUCCUGGGUUCCUCA